CACUAUCUUUUCGCAAUUGACUUGUGAAUCGUUCAAUUUUGUGACCUUUACGAAGAGCGACCGCAAGGAAUUGACUCACAGUCAGAGACAGUCCCAACUAAUUUCUUUCUGUCCCAACUAGUUCUUCAAGUCAAUUCAAUUGUCCUCUUCAUACUCACAAUGUCUGACAAGGAGAUGGAAUACACAUGCCUUGGCAAAUCGGGUCUGAAGAUCUCCAAGAUUGUCCUCGGCACCAUGGGCUUUGGUAGCAAGCAAUGGCAGGACUGGGUCUUGGAUGAAGAGGAGUCCUUGCACGUUAUUGAGCACGCUUACAAGCGGGGCAUCAACACCUGGGAUACGGCCGAUGUCUACUCCCAUGGUCGCUCGGAAGAAGUUGUUGGCAAGGCCCUGAAGAAGUUCAAUAUUCCCCGCAAUCGUGUGGUGAUUAUGACCAAGUGCUUCUACGGCGUCGACGACCAGGGCCAAUUCCCGCCCAUAUGGCAAUCUGCACGUAAUGAGGGUGACUUCAUCAACCGUGUCGGUCUAUCUCGUAAGCAUAUUUUCGAUGCCGUUGAUGCUAGUGUUCAGCGUCUCGGCACCUACAUCGAUGUGCUCCAGAUUCACCGUUUAGACCGUGACACUCCUCGUGAGGAGAUCAUGAAAGCUCUCAACGAUGUGAUCGAGAGUGGCAAGGUUCGCUAUAUCGGUGCUAGCUCGAUGGCUGCUUGGGAAUUCCAAACUCUGCAGAACAUCGCCGCCCGCAACGGCUGGCACCAGUUCAUCAGCAUGCAGAACUACCAUAACUUGAUUGCCCGCGAAGAAGAGCGCGAGAUGAUCCCUUACUGUCUCGAUAGCGGUGUUGGACUCAUCCCCUGGUCUCCUAUGGCCCGUGGCGUGCUGGCGCGGCCAUGGGGCUCACGGUCUACCGUCCGCGAGAGCACUGACGGUGCCCUCAAGGUGCUGAUCCGUAACCGUGAGACGGAGGCGGAUAAGGCCAUUGUGGAUCGCGUGGAGGAACUGGCGGGUAAGAAAGGCGUUAGUAUGGCGCAAGUCGCUCUGGCCUGGUCCCUGAGUCAUCAGGAUGAAUGCCCCAUCGUGGGUCUGCACAGCAUUGCUCGUGUUGAUGAGGCAGUUGCCAGUCUGAAGAUUCAGUUGAGCCCUGAAGAGAUUCAGUAUCUGGAGGAGCCAUACAUUCCCAAGACGAUCGCUGCGCUGGAGCGGUGAAUGGGUUUAAGUAUCGUGGCGUUCCAAAACCUCGCUGGUUUGAAUUGAAAUGCACAUCGGAGGUGAUAGACAUAUAGAGAACAAAUGCAAUCUCACCCAUGAAUGACUCGCA